GGUCUCCCGCGGGCCGGGGGCGGCCCCGCCAGGGCCCGGCCCCGCCCGUUCGGGGUCCCCCCGGAGCCCCCCGGGGCUGGGGGGGGUCCCGGGGGGGAUAAAAGCGCCCCUGGGGGGUCCCGGUCCCACCGCUCCCCCCGCGCCCGGUACCGGCCCGACCCCGACCCGGCCCCGCUGAGAGACCCAGACCACCCCGGGACCACCGGGACCCUCCCCCGGGACACCCCCGGGACCCCAAUCGGGACCGGGACCCCCCCCCCGGGACCGGCCCAGUCGGGACCGGGACCCUCAGGAAGGGUCGGGACGCCCCCGGUGUCACCGGGACCGGGAUUCGGGACCGGGACCGGGACAGGGACAGGGACAGGGACAGGGACCUCCCGUCGGUGUCACUGGGACCGGGAUUUGGGUCCGGGAUCUGGGACCGGCACCGGGACCGGGUCAGGGACCGGGACCGGGACAGGGACCCCCCGUCGGUGUCACCGGGACUGGGACCGGGAUUCGAGACCGGGACCGGGACCGGCACCCGCUCCCCCUUCGGUGUCACCGGGACCGGCACCGGGAUUUGGGUCCGAGAUUCGGAACCGGGACCGGGACAGGGUCAGGGACAGGGACCUGAUCCCCCCUCGGUGUCACCGGCACCGGGAUCCGGGUCCGGCACCGGGAUUUGGGUCCGAGAUUCGGAACCGGGACCGAGCCCCGCCCUCCUCGGUGCCACCGGGACCGGGAUUUGGGUCCGAUAUCCGGGAUCGGGACCGGGACAGGGACCGGGACCGGGACCGGGACAGGGACGUGACCCCCCCUCGGUGUCACCGGGACCGGGAUUCGGAACCGGGACCGGACCCCGCCCCCCCCGGUGUCACCGGGACCCCCCCAAACCCCCCGGUCCCGCCCCUCCCCCACCGGGCUAUAAAUAGCCCCGGCCCGAACAAGGAGCGGAGCGGGGAGGCCACGCCCCCCUGGGGGACACGCCCCUUCCAGCAGGACACGCCCACCAGGACACGCCCCGGAGCCCCCCCCGUGUCCCCUGUGUCCCCUCCGGUGGCACGUGUCACGGUGUCCCCAGUGUCACCUGGCUGUCCCCUGGGCCACCUGUCACCUGGCUGUCCCCGUGUCCUCCAUGUCCCUCCUGUCACCUGGCUGUGGCCGUGUCACCUGUGUCCCCUCUUGUGGCACGUGUCGCGGUGUCCCCGGUGUCACCUGGCUGUCCCCACACACCCCGUGUCCCUUCUGUCACCUGGCUGUGGCCGUGUCACCUGUGUCCCCUCCUGUGGCACGUUGCCACCAUGCCGUUCAGCAACACCCACAACAAGUACAAGCAGAAGUUCUCGGCCGAGGAGGAGUUCCUGA